CUUGAUGAUAUUAGCGAGGCAUUGGGGACAAUCGAGCGGCUAUAUUCAGAAGUGCUUCUGACCGCGCUUGAUGAUAUUACAGUGAGCAGCCGAGCUUUCUAUCAGCUAUGAUCCUCAGAAGAGACCCGUGCCAGCAUUUGGCCCCAAACGUCUACACCACCUUCCCAUUCCUUCGCAUACACAAAGUGCAGUAGACGUGCCAGGAGCCUCAACCAGCCCCAGACCGAGAUCUUGGUCGACCUAGAGUUUCGAUCUACAUGGCCUACAAUCACUCCAUCAGCAACGCAUCCAGCCCAGCGCUCGAGAACUUGCACUUUCCACGAUGCAUAUCACCCAUACUGCCAUUGAUUUCCUCCUGGCCCGCCUCACGAAAGCCGGACCCCUGCCAGAUGCCUCAGUUCGUCUUCAAACUGCCCAAGACCGUCUCGUCCAGCACAUAAAAUUGCAAGUUCAGUGACAGGAAAGUUAUCCAGGAAUCUGCGGUUGCAGAUCAUACAAGAUGAGAAUUGAAGUCGCGGUUGAGCUUCGGUGAGCACCGAGUUACUGCGGCGGAUUUUGAUAGUGGACCAGAAUAUUUUGGCGCGUGUCGGGCACAUGUGAGGUGUUGUGCGACAUGCUUUACCUAUCUAUAUCAGCAACCAGCAACCAGAGUCGAUGCUAGUGGCGUAGCAGGUUUCGCACCCUUCAUGAUCUUCACCGAUGACUAUGAGUCGGACCACGCUUUAAAUCGUGAGAGAUGGGGCAGAGCGUGAAUCAGACAAAUUGUUGCCGCAGCUGCACAGGUCGUGGGGCGUUUAAGAUAUAGAUACGAUUUCAUCAGCUGUCUUCUGACGACGGCCGGGCAGUUAAUCAUGCUUAAAAGAUACCCUGUAGUUGAGCACCGAUAGGGCGGGAGGACUUACUUUCAAGCCAGCGUCAAAACUCAGAAAAGCUCACGAAGUGCAUCAAACAAGACGACAGCAACAAACACAGCUUAGCAGUCUGCGUACAUAUCGCUAAAUACCACUCAUACAAGUCUCGG